CCUAAUAAUUUUACGCUAAACCCCUCUUCUCCUUCUCCGAGUCUGAGGCUCAAACCCAAGGAACCCGAAGAAGCCUCGAAAUGGCCUCGACCACGAGGACUGAGUAGUGAGUCCUGGCCACAUCCCAGCAGAUUUUGAACAGCCUUAACACCCCGAAAGAGGUCCGAGAGGACUUGCUGUUGAUUUUCUCUUGCUUCGAUAAUCGGGUCUCGAACAUCACCAAUUUGAUCAACGGAGAGGAUUCUGUGACCGAGGAGGAUCGCUUCGACGCCGCCAGAGAAUCCGGUGGGAAUCCAACGCCCUCGAAGCUUCUAGGCCCUCGCUCAACUACUCGGACUCCCGCAACGAGGCACGUGAGUACUUGUCCGCCGUCGACGAGAUUCUUAACCUGAUGGAUGAGCUACCCGGUCGGUCCGACUCCACCGAACAAACCCUAGAGGAAGGGCACGGGCCCACGCCCUCCGAUCAAAACCUUAACGACCAGAGUGACCAGCAGUCCCAGGAAUGGGAAACCAUGGCUCGCGCUUGGCUCUGCUCGUUCCCCGAGGCCAAAGCGGUCGCCAUGGACGAGGUCGAAGCCUGGAUCGACUCUAACCUCGACUCUCUUCCUGAAGGAAUCAAAUCAAUGCCUCGCUCAGACCUCUGUCAGAGGCUCAUUGCAAUCCAGAAUUGCAUGAGACUCCCCUCUCAGGAAAAAGAACUUAGCCAGUUUGAUUAUGAGAAUCCACCAUAUCGAUUUCAACGUACUGAUCAAUGGAGACCGGUCUAUUCUUGGUUAGAAUCUUUAAAUCAAGAUGAGGUGGUGAAGUCGAAAGAAAUCUCCGACUGGCUAAAUGCUAAUAAAGAGGUCCAAGAACAGUUGUGCUCUAGGCAUUCUCGAUAUCAUUUGAUGCACUACAUAAAAAAGUGCCAUAUCAAGAUAUUGAAGAGGAAGGAAAAGAAGAUGGGUGUGCAGCAGCAUAACAAAGACACUUCUCUAAAGGUUCGCAGGACUGUGGUGAUGAAACAGCCAACGGUGCUUCCAUACAGCACUCCAAGCGAUCUACCUAAAGAUGGCGACGUUUACUUGACGAAAAGAAAGGAAGCCUAUCGCAAAUAUGAGAUUUUGGUGGAGUUGGAGAAGCUGCUUUCUCCUAUUUUCUCAAAGCAUCAAAUAUAAACCAAUGUAGAAAUCCCGAAUCAGCAAAUCUCUGGCUAUAGAACAAUGUCUGCAAACUUGGAAGGGCCAUGCUCAUUCUUCUUUGCUGAUAGUAAUCUUUCAGAACUUAAGAGUGAAGCUGUUCUCCACAAUGCAUCUCAUAAGGUAUUGCCUUUUUCCAUUUUCACUAGAGAAUGGGGAGGACAAUAAUUGUUUGUGUUUGUACAGAAAAGGCAUUGAGUUGAAAAUCAAAACCAAACUUCUCGAGUAUUUUAAUCCCUAAAAUGUGUCAAUUCUCAAAUGUCCCUAAAAUCGUGGCUCAAACCAAUGUUCAACUUACGUAUGUAUAGGGUUCUUUUGUUUUGGUUCCCUUUUGAAUUUCGAGCAUGGCAGAUGGAGAGAUGGCUCAGCUUGGAUACAAGGCGAAGGAGAGAUACAAAAGCUGUAUCCAGUAAAACUUGUCCUUUUUCUUUC